AUGUUCUCUGUAUGGGAAAACAAGUGGAUUUACAACCAUCGAACGGAAGGCAAUGGAGAAUUUCUUUCCAGGAAUGCGGUUCAUCGGCGGCCGAACUACGUUCCAUCUUCAAUUCCACUAGCGCAACCUCAGGACAUUGGAACGAGCAUAGCCUCAGUACCUCUCAACUUCCAGGAGCUAGUUGGAAUAGCCGCUUCAUCUGAAACUAGCGUAUGUCCAAACGGUACCUUAGCAAACCAGCUAUCAGAUAUUGGAGAGAAGUCUGACAAGCUUCUAAAGGCUACCCCGCCUCCUCAACAUGUGGCCAGGAAAAAGAUGCGCAGCCCUUCUCCAGGAUCCUCAACUUCUCAUCUGCUUUUCGACAGAAGUGCCGUUCCAUCGGAGAAUGCAUUUUCCCAGUCUGGUACUAAGGAAGAGCCGAUUGUCAUUGAAGAUUUGAUGGACGAAGACAAUAGAGAGACUGAUCAGCAAGACCUCCAUACCGACGUUGAUUUGGUGGAAGACGACGGUGAAAACACAGAUCCUGGUGAAGAUCUUGACUUGAUGCAGUACGCUUUUCGCAAAGAUAUGCAACAGAUCACUCCAGAAAGUCGAACGCCGACCACAGGCAAUCGAAGGCCUAGAGAUAGUCACAGGCGCUCGCCACGUGGCACCCGCGCCCUUCGCGCCUUUGUACACCGCUCAGGUUUUCUUGACUGGAAAAAGCCUGUCGACAACAUGUUAGACGAGGUAUCGAAUAUCUGGGACAACGUGCAAACUCAAUGGAUGGAGUUAUGUGGUAAGCUGUCGAUGAAAGAAGGCCAUAGCAUGCGCCGCUUCAACGACAAGAUAUGCGGGCUCUCGAAUAAAUUCAGAUUGGAAGGGAUUUGCCUCGAUGAUGUACAGAAGUUGGUAAGAGACUGGAAGCUCGUUUAUCGACUGAUUUAUUCACGAAUUGAGUGCCGAACUGAGCAAAGGCUCAUGAAACGCUUUUCAAAAGAAAUGAGCAAGUUUAGAACAGCGUCGAGGGUGCUAAAGGACUGUAACCCUACGGUUAUGGCCAUUACGGAGGAAGAUGAUGAGAAUGACAUAGACUGGAUUCCGAAUGUGAAGCAUGGAAUAGCACAGUAG